AUGGGGAGGACUGAGGGAGUCGGGCCGCGUCCGUCUUCUUCUGGAGACGCGGCGCCUCCAGUCUUCUCCGGCAGCCGCGUCCACCGUCUUCUCCGGCAGCCGCCGACGCCGUGUCCACCCUCUUCUCCAGCCGCCGCCACCACCGGUACGUCCACCUCAGUUGGUGAGAAAAUGGUUGAAAUUGAAACUCUCGCGAACCAACUGGAAGUUGAUAUUCUCAAGCAGCAACGGGUAGAAGUUUUUGCUGAGAAGAAACUCCUUGAGGGCAGGGUUCACGGUGUGAUGAUGAAUCUGUCCAAGCUUCAGGUUGAAGGCAUUAAAGAAUAUAAUAGAUUAUCUGAGCAAUUAGAUCAGUUGAAGGCCGAAGGUGAAAAAGAUAAACUUAGCUUAUUGAAGAAAAUUGAAGUAUUGAAUGGUCGGUUGGAAAAGGGAAGAGCCAAGCGGACUGCAGCGGCAGCAUUAUUCUCUCAAUCCAUGGAUACUGGUAUGAAGAAAAUGCAACAGUGGUCUGAAUCCAAAAUUUCAGGGCUGCAAAUUAUGCUUGAAGAGUCCGAUGGUGCCUUGAGCAAUGUGAAAACUCGACUUAAAGAGACGGAAGAUCUAUAUGUGACGAGGAAAGUAGAUUGCGAAGAAAGACUUCCUAGCAAGGUUACCUACCUCGAGGGAAAAUUGGCUGAGAUAUCUCAGCGCUUAAAGGAUUCCGAAGAUGAGAAGAAGGCCCUUCAAGGGCGAGUUUGUUUUGCUCCAGUACAACCGCCAGAUUAUGUUGUGGUGUUGGAGACGGACAGGAAGAGCUCAGUGAUUUUGGAGGCUGCUAGGCUUCAAGUUCCCGUUGUAGCACUCGUGGAUUCAAGUUUACAACUGGAGUAUUACGAGAAGACUGCUUAUCCUUUGCCUGCUAAUGAUUCAAUGGAAUUCGUGUACUUGUUCUGUAACAUCAUUACCAAGACUUUCUUAGCUUGAGUGUAAGAAGAUGAGAGAAGCCAAGGGAGAUACAGUUGAAGAUGAGCCAGCAACUUCAACAAAUGAACUUGGGAAGGAAGUCCACCGGUGUGUCAGUAUGAACAGAAUAAGAUUUUUAACUGAUGAAGUCCUUGUUCUUCAUUAUGAGAGAUUAGCACCUAUUUUUGAAGAUUCUGUGGGAGCUAGGCAGAUCUUGGAUAAGCUUGUGGUGGUGAAGCUCAAUGGUACUUUGGAACGGCUGUAGGAUUUAACGGCCCUAAGUCCCUAGUUGAAGUAUGCGACGGUUUGACUUCUCUUGACUUAGUUGUGAAUCAAAUUCAGGCUCUCAAUAACAAGUAUGGGUCUGAUGUCCCACUGGUGCUUAUAAACACUGGUGCCACUCAUGAUGAUACCUCUAAGUUUGUGGAGAAAAUUUCCAGGUCAAACAUAGAUAGUCUUCCAGUUCAACAGGGUCAGCAGUCUGGGGAAUCACCAUGAGAACGAGAAUAAACCGUACGAUUUCUGAUCCUUUAUUCUAUCUGCCAGUUGUCGAGUAUCUUCCUUCUCUGCCCCAUUAUCGCUGUUUGUCCUUCU